GGGUUUGUUGCAAGCUUAAAUCUCCGUCCGUGAUGUUGCAAAAGAUGCCAAUGGUGAUAUUGAAAUAUGCCAUUCCGCCUAGGAAAGGAUCCAAUUCGACAUACCUUGAAGUACCUGGAAAAGGGUCCACUAGUUUUCAAGGAGCGAGUGCGGGUGAUGCUGGUGCACUUCAAUCCACGUGAAAAGUCACAUGCUGGAGUGAAGGAUUUUCUUCACUGGUAUACGCCACAAAUCCAGUACAAGAACCCCAACGUCCAGCUGGUGGCCAUGAAGGACAUGAUGCCGUCUCCCUUCAUCAGAUUAUUCCUCGAUGGUGAUGAGGAGGUAAUUGUCGACGCGGAAGGAAAAACAAAAGAAGACAUCCUCUCUCAUCUGACGAAGAUUUUAGGAAAAUCCCAAUCUGUGUUAGCAGCGGAGGAGAAGGAGGCGCAGAUAGUUGAAAACAAAUCGAACUUCGGCGUGGGCUGCGGCCGCUACUGCAUUUGUGAGGUGCCCGGCCAGGUGCCCUGUCCCUCCGUCGUCCCGUUGCCAAAGGCGUGGCGGGGGAAAUACAAAAACGGCGACAUGGACGACGACUGACUUGUGCCAGUGUUGGUGUGUGUCUCGUGUUAUGGUGUCGUCUAGUGUUAGCAAUAUAUUAUGGCGCUGUGAGCUGA